CCUCCCCACCCCCCCAGGUUCCAUAGAGCGCUUAUGGAGUAGUAGUUGCUUUGACCCGGAAAAAGAAAUAGAAAAAGAGGGAGGUUUCUCCACUGGUCAUGAGCCCUAUUCUGGGUCGUGGUUCCAAUGGCUUCGGCGAACAAGCCGUGCAGGAACAACACGGCCCUCUUCCGUCAACUUUGUCACAAAAUUUCUCUGGGCUGUCGGUAGAUCUGCUUUCAAACCCUAUGUACACAAUUUUGGGUAUUGAUCUGUACAGAAUUCGAUCCAUGGCAAAGCUUCCCUGAUGGAACAACAGCUCAAUUUUUCAAUAGCCCAGAAACGUAUUUAACACCUGGCGACCACAAGUCUACACGUUGUUAAUUCACUCUCUGCCAACCAGCAAAUAUGUCGGACAGAAUAGCCAAUGGCACUAGCUAUUCUCAGCGCAUGAUCAACGAGAAAGAAGACGGCGUACGCCGAGAUGAGACUGCAAGCAGCGUUGGAGAGGCUCCCGGCGACAGAGAAUCAAACGUGGAUCACUGCCGGACGAAAGAGCUCUCCAAGACACCCACAAACGUUAGUAAUGCCGGUGCGUUGGCCUCUAAAACAUUGUCACUGGUCCGCACCAGAGGAUCGAACAGAGAGCUUGGGCCUCCGCCUGAUGGCGGCUUCCUGGCCUGGUCUCAAGUCGCCUUGGGUCACUUUGUCAUUUUCAACACUUGGGGCUACAUUAAUAGCUUUGGCGUUUUCCAGACCUAUUAUACUGAAACAUUAGGGCAUCCUCCAUCUGAUAUCUCCUGGGUAGGAAGUAUUCAAAUAUUCUUGCUUUUCUUUAUUGGGACUUUCUCUGGUCGUGCAACAGACGCCGGAUACUUCAAGGUCACCUUGGUGUUGGGAGCGGUGCUGGAGUUGUUUUGCAUUUUUAUGACAUCCUUGUCAACCAAGUACUGGCAGUUGUUCUUGGCCCAAGGCGUCGGACAAGGAAUUGGCUGUGGGCUCAUGUUUUGCCCUACCAUUGCCCUGGUGCCUACGUAUUUCACCAAUAGGCGCUCGAUUGCCAUGGGUAUUGUGGCCUCUGGAUCGGCAACCGGGGGCUUGGUGUUUCCCGCCGUCGUCAUGCGUCUGCUGCCUCAGGUCGGAUAUGGAUGGACCAUGCGAAUCCUCGGCUUUAUUUCUUUGGGCACACUAACGCCCUGCUUGUUCUUUCUGAAACAAAGGCUACCACCGCGCCAAAGCGGUCCGCUCGUUGAAUGGGCUGCAUUCAAGGAGCCUUCCUAUGCGUUAUUUGCCAUAGGCAUGUUCCUCAACUUCUGGGGUAUCUAUAUCGGCUUCUUCUAUAUUGGUAGUUUUGCCCGCAAUGUCACCAAUGUCUCCCAGUCAACCUCAAUCGAUGUGCUCCUGGUCAUGAAUGGUGUGGGACUUCUAGGUCGGCUGAUUCCGAACCUCAUGGCUGACUGGUAUAGCGGGCCAUUGAACCUGCUAAUCCCCUGUAGCCUAGCUACCGGGGUGGUUGCAUACUGUUGGGCUGCCGUGGACAGCCCGAAAGGGAUGUACACCUUUAGCGCGUUUUAUGGUCUCGCUGCGGCUGGUAUCCAAUCUCUAUUCCCUGCAACUCUCAGUACCCUCACAACAGACCUGAAAAAGACCGGCGUGAGGAUGGGGAUGGUGCUCAGCGUGGUGGCUGUCGCUGCUCUCAUCGGCUCUCCGAUCGCGGGGGCAUUGAUCCAACUAAAUGAUGGGCAGUAUUUGUAUGCUCAGAUGUUCAUGGGUAGUGCAGUUGUUGCUGGUGCAGUGACCUUGUUUGCAGCGAGAGUGGCCAAACUGGGGUUCUCCUGGCAACGGUCGUGAGGUUGUUGGAAAAUGCACCGCAUCUGGGGGUAAUUCAAUGACGACAUAAAAUGGGAUAUGUGUCGGUGAAUGUGAUGUGUGUGUAACAGACUUGUAAAAU